AUGUAUCAAGUCAAGACGUUAGUCGCUUUUGCGGCCCUGGUGAUGGUUGGUGUGGGUGGCGCUCAGAAGGUGCAGCGGGCUGGUGUCAAUAUUGCUGGCUUCGACUUUGGCAUGACAAUCGAUGGAAACUUCACACAGAGUCAGAUGGUGCCGCCAUUAAAGUCACAAGGUGGUCCUGAUGGCAUUGGUCAGAUGCAGCAUUUCGCCAAAGGUGAUAGUCUUAAUAUCUUCCGCUUGCCAGUAGCGUGGCAAUACCUGGUCAACUACAAGCUGGGAGGCAGUCUUGACAGCAACAACAUGAACGUAUACAACGAGCUCGUGCAAGGCUGUCUUGGAACUGGUGCACUGUGCAUCAUCGACAUUCACAACUAUGCCAGGUGGUACCAAGGCAUCGUCGGCCAGGGCGGUGUCACGAACCAAGACCUCACCUCCCUCUGGUCCCAGCUCGCAAGUAGAUACAAAGGCAACUCCAACAUCGUCUUCGGCCUCAUGAAUGAGCCGCACGACCUGAACAUCAAUACAUGGGCAGCCACAGUUCAGGCUUGCGUGACGGCUAUCCGACAAGCAGGCGCCACAUCUCAGAUCAUCCUCCUACCAGGUGACCACUUCACAGCAGUCGGCGGCUUCUCCACUGGGUCCGGUCCGGCAUUGGUGGGCGUCCAUAACCUCGACGGUAGCAAGACAAAUCUGGUGUUUGAUGUCCAUCAGUAUCUCGACAGCGAUAGCAGCGGCACACACACCGAGUGCACACACAAUGGCGUUGACAACCUGCAGACCUUAGCGACCUGGCUAAAGAGCAAUGGUCGCAUGGCUUUGCUUUCUGAGACUGGUGGUGGGAACACUGCAUCUUGCCAGACAGAUGUCUGUGCCGAGCUGGACUGGAUGAACUAUCAUAACGAUGUUUACCUCGGAUGGGUCGCCUGGGCGGCAGGUAGCUUCGAGUCGGGCGUCUUCUCUGGACAUACUUACGAGCUGGAUUUGGUGCCGGCGUAUGCCAAUGGGAAGUGGACCGAUAAGCCCUUGGUGAGCAGCUGUGUUGCCGGUAAGUUUCAUUGA